AUGGAGCAAACCUGGGGUUCUUACAUCAAUUCAUUAAAUCAGAACUCCUUGCCCAGACAAGUGGAGGUAACCGAUGGAAAGUAUUUUUCAGGAUCACUAAACAACAUGUCAUUCUCCAGAGGGGAUAUCAUAACCGUGGUUGACCUCAAGCCGAUCCACGUUAGAGCAGAAGUGAAGGAUGGGGAGCAGGUUCUGGGUAUGGUCAACAUUCCUCUUGGAUACAAAGGGAACUUCCAACUGAUUGCAGAUCCCGUGGCUUUUGAAACUGUGGCUGACUUAGUCAGGUCUGUCCGCCUUCCCCAAAGUCCCAUGACCCACAGAUGUCCUCCCCACUUCCAGAACUUAGUCCCCAUCUCCAUGGAUGACGGGCCCACGAAGCUCAGGAGUGGAGAAACGCUGUCCUUAGUGGGCUUUGCAGAGAGUCAGGGGAGGAGGCUGCUUCAAUGUGAGGUGCUGAGGAAGGACCCUCCCCUGAGGCUGCUCCUGCCCAUGGACUGCAGGGGCCGCUUCCAGGAGUGCCAGGACCACCAGCUCUACUCCAUUGACACCAUCGUGAGGUGGAAGCUGCUCGCAGGGAGACAACGCAGAGUUCGGAUGGAGGCAGGACAUCGCCUGAGGCUUCUUAACCCCCUGGUUCCAGAGCGCUUUAAUGGCCAUCUAGUUUUGCACCCCCAUUUCUCAGUGGUGGCACAUCUGCCAGGUGCCAUCCAGGUCAGCAUCCCCUCCGACCUGGACAUCCACAUUACCGAGAUUGCCUGCUUGGAUCAUAAGCCCUUUACGCUGACGACAAUGAGACAAAUAUACAGCAUGGAACCAAACAGAUUCCCAGUGAGAAUUAAAGUAAUGAGUGUGACCCUGUCGGAGAACAAGGCACUCACAAAGCCUCUCAAGUGUGGGCAGCGCUUAACCAUCCUCAGGGCGGAAGAUGUGAAAAAGUUCGUGGCCACGGAGAUUUCCCAAGGAAGGAAAGGCAGGCGUUUUCUCAUCCCAUACACCUACCAGGGCCUGGUACUUAGGAGGGGUCGAUAUUUUUAUGCUGUCUCUGAUGUCGCUGCAGCCAUGCAACAAGGCCAGCUUUGCUUCCAGUCCUGCAGGGACUACAGCUCCUGCCUGGAGCCCCUGGCGUCUUUCACGGCCAAUGAGAGCUUCCUGGCUCUGAAGAAGAGCGUGGUGUCUGCGGAGAUGCACGGCGAGCUGCACAGGGUGGAGGUCCUCAAGUGCCUGAACAUCGCCACCAAGGCCCAAGUCAAACUGCCCUUGUUCGCAGAAGGAGACUUCCGGGAGCUGUUUGCUGAUGCCGGGCCGGGGACCCUGUGGGAGCUGUGCCAGGUCACAAAACUGCCAUGCCACAUCAGAGUGCUCAGCCCAGACCGCUCCAUGGCCAGAGACCCUCUCCAUGGAACCGAGGAGCUGAGAAUUGAAAAUAUCGUCGUGGAGCAAUGCCUCGUAGCCAAAGAUGAAGCGUUCCUGGAGGACGUGGACGCUUCCGUAGACAUAUACAGGGAGUGGCCAGAAACCACAUUUGAAAUCCCGGUUGAGAAGUCCAACUGCGAGGUGGUGGUGCUAGAAGAGCGCUCGUGGAUGGCUGAUGUCGGGAAAGAGAGAUGCGAGUCUCUCCAGAGCGUCCAGGAGAUCACCGAGGAGGAAUUGCUGGCCUUCAGUAAUUGUGCGGUUAUUCCCUGUCCACCGCCACCCCUUCCAAAGCCCAGAAGUUUGUCUUAA